AAUGGGGAUGCCCAACCAUCUUCUCUGGCUGCCAAGGGUUAUAGAAGUGUGCGUCCGAAUCUUUCCUCAGACAGCAAGCCACAGGCCCUCGCUCCUCCCCGUCCUCCUCUUCCCAAAGAGGAAAGCUUUGCAUGGCGUCCUCGCACUGACACUAAAGUGACCAACCUGUUGCCAGUGCCUAUUAUGGACUGCGUGUACCUGAAUGCACCCAAGCCUUAUACGCAGCGUGCAUCACCAAAUGCCAGUGCACGGUGUUAUUUCUCAUCACCUACUCCCUAUGGGGCUGUCCCCAGUGGGAGGCAAGGCUUGCCAGCAGGGCAUUCUCCCUCUUCAGGCCCCAAAGAUGAGGUGCAUGCUGGGCAGCCACUUGUGGAAAGUUGCUCCUUGUCGGAUGCAUCAUCCAUACAACGCAACCCUGACAGGGCAGAUCCCAGUAGUAAGGCUGGAAUGAAUUCCAGUCAUGAGGCGAAGGUGGAUAAAAAGGUCGCCAAACUAUAUGUAGCUUGUUUAUCUAACAGCACUUGCUCAGCCACAUCUGAAAAUUCCACUGGCACUGCACAUGACCCAGCAGCCAGCACCGAUUUGGGCGCUGAGCUCACUCAGGCACCAGCCACCAACAUUGUUUCCUCUGUAACAGAUACUGGAGAGUCUCUUCCUGCUCCUCCUCCUCCUCCUAUUCCUCCCAGGCCGUACUUUUACAUUGUCCUCAGUAAAGACGCAGAUAGUUAUGGUGCGGGCCAACCCUCCUGGACUGAGUCGUCACCUCCGCAAGGUGUGAGGGACAGAGUGCUAGAGCCCCUGAGCACAGCUGCCACAAAGGACAGGAUGAGAAAAGAGCCUUACCUUACUCAGCAGCGACAGCCACCAUACAAGGCAAUGGGAUGCAGCGUGGAUGCCACUGCCACCACAGCCACAGCUCAGCCUGGGGUUAUAGUAGUCCCCCUCCUCCAGGUUAAUCCAGACAGACAUCAAGAAGGCAGCUCCAGCACUCCACCACCGCCUCUGGUUCCUUUCGGGCAAGGCUGCGUAUUCCCUGAGACUGUUUCUUCUGGCUCACCCUUGACUUUUCCGACUCUAGAUGAUUUCAUUCCCCCACAUCUCCAGAGGGGUUCCCACCAUAACCAAGCAUCCUCCGCAUCUGGCACAUUACCCUCUGUUUACCCGAAACUGCCAUUCUUCUCAUCACCACCUUCACUUGUCCCUCCAGUCGUGGGGGCUUUGCACAGGGGUUUGAAGCCUGAAAUCACUGGAGUCAUCUCACAUACAGACCCAGGUCCUGUGCUAAGUGAAGUGCCCCAGCCUGGCACUGGCACUGACUAUCCAACCUCCUUCACUUCAAUCAACAAGUCCUCCUCUGCAUAUCCUUCUACCACAAUCGUCAAUCCCACCAUUGUUCUCUUACAGCACAAUCGAGAUUCAGUUCCAGACAGGCUAGUUUCUGAUAAAGUUGAUGCAGUGCUCAUACGGGACAAGCCAGUUCAGGAGACAGUGCCAAGUGAGAAGCGGGCAAUGGAGGAGAAGAGAAGCAUUGUCAAGAGCCCUCAGCACAUAGCUGAUACCUCCGUCGAUGAUAUUGGGAUUCCACUGAGGAACACGGACAGAUCGAAGGACUGGUACAAGACAAUGUUCAAACAGAUUCACAAGCUAAAUAGAGACACUCCUGAAGAAAACCCUUAUUGCCCUACCUACACAUUUCCUGAACUUCCUGAAAUCCAGCAAAAAACUGAAGAAGACAAUCCUUAUUCUCCUACAUACCAGUUUCCUGCGUCUACACCUAGUCCUAUCUCUGAAGAUGAAGAUUCUGAUUCAUACUCUCCUCGUUAUUCCUAUUCCGAGGACAGCAGAACCCAGCUUUCAGUUCCCCGCUCCAAGAGUGAGAUGGACAAUAUUGAUUCAGAGAAGGUUGUUAAGAGGUCUGCCACUUUGCCACUGCCAAACCGUACUUCAUCACUGAAAUCAAGCCCAGAAAGGACUGACUGGGAGCCUCCAGAUAAGAAGGUGGACACCAGAAAAUACCGUGCAGAACCCAGGAGCAUUUAUGACUAUCAGCCAGGAAAGUCUUCGGUUCUGAACAAUGAAAAGCUGAGUCGGGAUAUAAGCCCAGAAGAGAUAGAUUUAAAGAAUGAACCUUGGUAUAAAUUCUUUUCGGAAUUGGAGUUUGGGAAACCGCCUCCAAAAAAGAUUUGGGAUUAUACUCCUGGAGAUUGCUCUAUCCUUACUAGAGAGGAUAGAAAGACUGAUCUAGAAAAAGACCUCUACCUCUACCAGACUGAGUUAGAGGCAGAUUUAGAAAAAAUGGAGAAGCUUUAUAAAGCGCCACAUAAAAAGCCACAGAAGAAUACAGCAGGUGUUACUCCUCUGGAAACUUCCACAGACCAUUCUUCCUACUCCACAUAUGCACCCAGCUACCAUGCAGUGAAGAGGGAGUCAGAACCAGUGCUUGGGGACCCUGCUGGCUUGGAGAAUGAAAGGCAAAUUUACAAGAGUGUGCUGGAAGGUGGAGAUAUCCCGUUUCAGGGGCUGAGUGGUCUCAAGCGACCUUCCAGCUCUGCUUCCACAAAAGAUUCAGAAUCACCAAGGCAUUUUGCACCACUUGAUUACAUGGAAACUCCAGAAGAAAUUAUCCGCAGACGGCAUGAUGAUAAAGAGAAACUUUUAGAGGACCAGAGACGGCUUAAACGUGAGCAAGAAGAAGCUGAUAUUGCAGCUAGAAGGCACACAGGGGUUAUUCCAACGCACCAUCAGUUUAUCACUAAUGAGCGAUUUGGGGACCUCCUAAAUGUAGACGAUACAGCAAAGAGGAAAUCUGGGUCAGAGAUGAGACCUGCUAGAGCCAAGUUUGACUUUAAAGCACAGACGCUAAAGGAACUUCCUCUGCAAAAAGGAGAUAUUGUUUACAUUUACAAGCAGAUUGACCAGAACUGGUAUGAAGGUGAACACCAUGGCAGAGUUGGCAUCUUCCCACGAUCAUACGUAGAGCUCCUCCCACCAGCUGAGAAAGCUCAACCCAAAAAGCCAUCACCAUUGCAAGUAUUGGAAUAUGGAGAUGCUAUUGCGAAGUUCAACUUCAAUGGGGAUACCCAAGUGGAAAUGUCCUUCAGAAGGGGUGAAAGGAUCACGUUGAUUCGACGAGUGGAUGAGAAUUGGUAUGAAGGAAAGAUCUCUGGCACCAAUCGACAAGGCAUCUUCCCUGUCACUUAUGUGGAGGUGCUCAAACGACCAGUAGUCAAGAAUGCCAUUGACUAUCCUGACCCACCAAUGUCUCUCUCCCCUAACCGCAGCAUGACAGCUUCACCACAGUCUCCUAGCUCUGAGCUGCUCCAUACACCAACUCCUCCGCCUUUGCCUUUUGCACGCCGUGCCUUGUCUCCAGAGGUGCAGGCGGUCACGUCCGAGUGGAUUGCUCUGACCGUGGGAGUGUCUCCUAGCACCACUCCUGCCAUAACUCCUCCAUUGCCUUCUCCGCCUGAAGCCUCCCUCUCUCACACUGACUAUCUCUCGCCUUCUGCGGCAGCCAGCCCUUCCCCCACGGUCAGCCUCCACCAUUCUCAUCUAUCUGGCUCCUCGACUCCCAGGUCCAUUAAAUCCCCAUUGCCCUCUUACUCAUCCAGGCCUCAGUCCUCCACUCGCAGUUUCUAUCAGGCCACUCCGCAAAGCGAAGAAAAGUUUGUUGGCUCCCCUUCUCCCAGUGUGAGCUACUCUAACUCCCCUCGCUGGGCAGUGGAGAGCCCUGAAAGCAUCCUCGCAGAGCAGCGUGACACCACUGGCAGCCAAGCCUGGCUCCAAAAGACUAGAGAGGGCAGCAGCAACCCCGAGCAGGGUGCUCAUUCUGUUCCCAAGAUCUCUGUUGAGCGCUGCCUGAAACCAUCCCAACUAGACAUGGGUGCGAGCCCAGAAAAGAGACCUGUGGGUUCCUCUGAGGACAACCAGUUGUGUCAGGAGCUAAUGGCUAUUGUGCAGGGAGGUAAAACAGAGAAAAGAGGCAUGAGGAAAGGUGAUCUGGGAAAGUUUCAAAGCGGGGAAAAGAAGACUGCAGACUCAAAAGCAUUAUCUUCAUCUGCUCCUCUCUCUUCCUCUGUCCUCUCUUCCUCUACUGUCACAACACAGCCACCUCCCAGACUUACACGCAGAGUCAAUAAGCCACAGCCUUCCCACCAUUCAUUGAGAGCUGGACCAGAUCUCACAGAGUCUGAAAAGAGCUAUGUGGAAGCUGUUUGCAAUGAGAUCAUAAACAUUGCAGAAAAGUCUGUUCAUUACUGCAGUACUAUUUCUCAGCCUCUUGACUCUCGCCACAAGGUGACCUCUAAUGACCAUAAACCAUCUCUCAUCAUUUCUCAGCAACCUCAAGCACAGCAGCAAGGAGCCAGCCCUGACAGAAGUCAAACGCCACGAGACAUAGUUAGCUACCAAGCCCUCUACAGCUACACUCCUCAGAAUGAUGAUGAGCUAGAACUGAGGGAUGGUGACAUUGUUGAUGUCAUGGAGAAAUGUGACGACGGCUGGUUUGUGGGUACGUCCAGGAGAACAAAGCAAUUUGGCACCUUCCCAGGCAACUACGUGAAGCUUCUGUACCUGUAA